AUGCAGACAGAAUGCAAUUCUCAACGACCUCAAGCUUCCACUCCAGCCUCUACCGGUGACCCAGCACUGGAUCGAAAUAUGCAUUCCCCAGUAUCAAUGGAUCAACAACAGACAGCUCAGCACCUCCACAAACACCAACAACAACAACAGCAGCAGCAGCAGCAACAACAACAACAACGAGUUGGUGUGGAUGCACGCAGUUCGUUGUCACAUAGCGACACAAUGAGUGGGGGUGGUGGUGUCGGUGGGACCAAUGCUGGUUCAGGUGGUGGAAUUCCGGGUGCCGCUUUCAAUACCACACCUAUCUAUGACGCUCAGGGCAGUCUUGUUGGGCUCCAAGCCCCGAUAGACAGCGGUCAUCCGCUGGAUGAAUACAGUGCUGAACGUGCAGAUCAAAUGGGCUAUAUGGGUAUGAGCCCGAUCUACCAAUACAAUAUGUCCACACAACAACAAGGGGGACCAAUGCUUCCCGUCGAAUAUCUCCCUUAUACAAAUUACAAUAUGAAUCAACCACAGCAAGCUUACAGUCCCAACUUUGUUCCCGCACAACACCAGCCCCAUUCACAAGAACAGCACUACCAUCAGUUGCUGCAACAACAACAACAACAGCAGCAGCACCAUCAACAAGAACAACAAAAGCUACUUUUACCCAGCGCUCCUGGUAACGGGACAGCUACCAUUAUUCGUGGUCUACCGAAACAACGGCUUUCUUUUGACAAAUGUCCCGCCGUGUGCAGUCUAUUUGCCAUUUUGUGCUGCCCGAUCACCUUAUGGUGUUCUCUUCCCGCUCUGAUCUAUUCCAUGUGUGCCUAUACGGACUAUCGAGCUCGUGAUGUGGAGCGCUAUCAACGGAAAAGCGAUAUCGCGCGCCAUCUGGUCAUUACAGCCUGUGUGAUCGGAUUAUUGUUGUGUGUCACAUGGGCGGUUCUGGCUUUUUUCUACUACGCCGUUAUCAUAGCGACCAUUCAUGACGUGAUUCGUGUAAUCAAUCACCGUUUAGGAAUCGGUACCUGA